GAGACGGUAAUGAAACCGAAAUUGAAGUAAACUUUGAAGAUGUCAUUGCAGAGUUUAAUGGGAUACGGUCUAAAUACCAAAUACGUAAAUGGGCGGCGAAGCCUGUUACUCGCAAGUAUGCCUUCGAGUUGCCAAAUAUUCCUUCCGAAACAGAAUAUUUAAAAGUCGUAUAUUCAUUCUCGCAACCACAACUCCCGAAUAACUUGACUGGCGAGACUUUUAGUCACAUGUUUGGUACAAACACUUCUGCAUUGGAGUUAUUCCUCAUAAAGAGGAAAGUAAUGGGCCCAUGCUGGUUAGAAAUAAAAAAUGCUACACCGACCGACACCAACAUUUCUUGGUGCAAGACCGAAAUAAUAGUUGAGGACCCAAAGGAUAUCGACAUACUCAAAGACACAAACGACUCGGCAUAUCAAAACCCACCACCAGUAACGAUAAUGUGCUUUAGUUUACGCACAGUUAUGAAUCCAACAAAAAAAGUUAAUGAAAUUGUCAUCGCUAGUGCACUAGUUUUUAGAAAUGUCCCCAUAGAUACUGCCGAUCCACCCGAAAAGAUUCCGUCGACUUAUUUUACUGUGGUGCGUCAACUGAAUAAUACUCCGUAUCCGGUUGGAUUUCAUGACAACGCGCAGCAUCUUGGCAUUAAAUUAGAAAUAACUAGAACCGAAAGAUCAUUGUUGAAUUACCUUAUAGCCAUCAUCCAUCGAGUCGAUCCGGAUGUUCUAGUUGGACACAAUUUCGUUGGGUUUGACCUUGACGUAUUGUUACAUCGGAUGAAAGAACUCAAGAUUGAUGGCUGGUCUAAACUUGGACGACUGCGGCGAACUACGUGGCCUAAACUGCAAACGGGCGCUGGGGGGAUGGGCGACUCAACAUAUAUGGAGAAGGCGAUUGUCAGUGGUCGCCUCAUGUGUGACACUUACUUGAAUGCAAGGGAUCUGAUUAAGUCCAAAAAUUAUACGCUGACGGAACUGGCAUCAUCUCAAUUGAAAUUCAAACGCGAAGAUAUCGAAUUCUCCAAAAUAAAUACAUACUUCCAAACUUCAGCUAACUUAUUUCAUGUCAUCAAACAUUGCGAGAGUGAUGCAUACCUUGCCGCUGGGUUGACAUUUAGAUUGCAAAUUCUUCCGUUAUCUAAACAAUUAACAAAUUUAGCAGGCAAUACCUGGGCGAGGACACUGAUCGGAGGCAGAGCAGAACGAAAUGAGAGCUUACUGCUUCAUGAAUUUCAUCGUAACAAGUACAUAUGUCCAGAUAAAGCUUACACAAAUAUUAAGAACAAACAUUCCGAUUUCGGAGUUGACGAUCAUGAUCAAUCAAUAAAGAAGAGUGGAAGACGAAAACCGGCCUAUGCUGGUGGUCUUGUAUUAGAGCCUAAAAAAGGCUUUUAUGACAAAUUUGUUCUGCUGUUAGAUUUUAACAGUUUAUAUCCAUCUAUAAUUCAGGAAUAUAAUAUUUGCUUUACGACAAUAUCUCGUGAUGGCACGGAUAAUGAAGAGCGGGUACCUGACAUCCCAGAUUCAGGACUACCUCAAGGCAUCCUUCCAAAACUGCUUGCUAGUUUGGUAGACAGACGAAGGCAGGUGAAGCGGUUAUUGAAAGACCCUCAUAUCGCAGAGAGCGUUCGAAUGCAGUAUGACAUUAGGCAACAAGCCUUGAAACUCACUGCAAACAGUAUGUAUGGAUGCCUUGGAUUUACAUUCUCCCGGUUUUACGCAAAAUCUUUGGCUAUGCUAAUUACGUCGAAGGGUCGUGAGAUCCUGCAGAAUACAGUUGAUUUAGCAGAGAGUGAAAGGAUGGAAGUUAUAUAUGGCGAUACCGAUUCCAUAAUGAUUUACACGAAUGAAAUGGAUUUAAAGAAAGUACGUGAGAUGGGCAAUUUACUGAAAAGAAAAGUCAAUGAAAGAUACAAACUACUUGAGAUCGAAAUGGAUGGUUUCUUUCGGAGAAUGUUGUUAUUGAAAAAGAAAAAAUACGCAGCGCUGAUCGUUGAGGAGAAAAACGGCGUGUUGGAGACUUCGAUUGAGACAAAGGGUCUUGAUCUUGUUAGGAGAGACUGGUGUGGUCUGUCACAUGACGCAUCGAAAUAUGUAUUAGAACAGCUUUUGUCACCUGACGAUCGAGAGGAUGUGUUAAAUAGAAUACACAAGUUCCUCACCACCUUGGCUGAUGAGACGCGUCUAGGUAGAAUACCCACAGAUAAAUUUGUCAUAAAUAAGAAUCUCACAAAAGCACCGGAGGACUAUGCUGACGCACAAAAUCAACCACAUGUACAAGUUGCGCUGCAAAUGAAGAAAAUGGGGCUUGGCAUUCGUACUGGGGACACGAUACCGUACGUAAUUUGCGCCGGGGAGGAAUUUAAGGAAACUAAAAUCAUUGCAGAUCGUGCGAGACAUCCCAACGAUAUAUCAUCUUCGGACACAUUAAAGAUUGUAGAUUAUGAAUGGUAUUUAAAUCAGCAAGUUCACCCGGCUGUCGCGAGGCUUUGUGAGCCCAUUGAAGGAACUGAUGCUGUACAGAUUGCUAGAAGUUUAGGACUCGAUACGUCCAAGUUCCGAGCUUCGAUAGGCUCGGGGUCUGCUGUAGCAGAGCUUUACACACUCGAUUCUCAGAUCAGUGAUGAAGAACGAUUUGUGAAUGCAGACAGAUUUAAGCCGAUUUGUCGAUAUUGUCAAGGACAAUCCAUAUUCGAAGGAGUGAAUUCAAAAAGUGAGGGGUAUAUUCUUUCGCCAUCGGGAAUAUUGUGUCCGAAUUCAGAAUGUAGUCAAGCACUCCCAAUAGCGUCUCUAAUUGCACAGCUUUCAUGUCAAAUUCGAUGGCACAUAACUAAAUAUUACGAAGGGUGGCUGGUCUGCGACGACGAGGCAUGUCGUAAUCGUACCAGACUUAUGCAUGGAAAACGAUGCUUACAUCCCGGAUGCCGUGGAACUGCAGUCGCCGAGUAUUCGGAUACGUUGUUAUAUGAACAGUUGUUAUAUCUGUCAACUCUGUUCGAUGUCGACAAGGCAUUGAAUUCUAAAAAGAGGGUUAUUGAGGAUCAAACGAAAACGAUGAUAGAGCAGAAUCGCCAUCUGUUUGUUCCGUUAAAGAAAGUCGUUGAUGGGUACUUGGACAGGUGUGGAAGGCGAUUCGUAGAUUUAAAUCAAUUGUUUGCAUUCUGCCAGGCUUAA